GCAGGUUCUCUUUAUUCUAAAGCGUUGUCUUACUUUGGAGAUGCAGUGACAGUAUAAUGGAAGGAAAAGUCCCUGUUUCUAGGCAGGAAAAUUACACGAGUCAGGCGGUGAAAGGAAAGAGCAGUUAAAACAGUAGCAGCAGCAGCACACCGAAGAAGGGAGAAGCCACAGCUGUGCAAACUAGACCCUGAAGCAGACAAGCACGAGACUGGUGAGAUACCAAGAGACAUUUGGAGAUCCUGAAGGUGUGCCGGCAGUUGGAUUGCUUUUCUCUUAGCCUCCUACCCCCUCUCCCCAGCUUCCCCCAGCCCUCCUCCCCAUUUGGAGCUACGUGGGGUGAACACUCCGUGGGUACUGCCUCUUAUUCCUCAGAUUUCAUCUCUUGCCUGGCUGCUGCUGCUGCUGCCUCUUGCAGCUAAUAUCACCGUUGCUGCUGUUGCUGCUGCUGCCUCUGACAGGAACGUGUUAAGAAAGCUGAAGGAGAAAAUGCCAGCCAUCCUGGUUGCCUCCAAAAUGAAAUCGGGACUGCCCAAACCUGUCCACAGCGCUGCACCGAUCGUCCACGUCCCGGUGGCCAGGGCUGGCCCUCAACCUUGCUACCUGAAGUUCGGGAAUAAGGUGGAGGUGACCAAGCCUGUGUAUUCCAGCCAGAUCCCCCUGAAAUCGCAGGGACUGCAUGAGCCCGGGGGAGAAGGACUGGCCCUGAAGAAAACCGGUUCUGUGGAAAAUGGGUUUGACACCCAGAUUUACACAGACUGGGCCAAUCACUACCUAGCAAAAUCUGGCCAUAAGCACUUAAUCAAGGAUCUCCAGCAAGAUGUGACCGAUGGCGUUUUACUGGCGGAGAUAAUCCAAGUUGUAGCAAAUGAAAAAAUUGAAGACAUCAAUGGCUGUCCAAAGAACAGAUCUCAAAUGAUCGAAAACAUAGAUGCCUGCCUGAAUUUCCUGGCAGCAAAGGGAAUAAACAUACAGGGUCUGUCUGCAGAAGAAAUCAGGAAUGGAAAUCUCAAGGCCAUUUUAGGUCUCUUCUUCAGUCUUUCCCGUUACAAGCAGCAACAGCAACAGCCUCAGAAACAACCCCUCCAGCAUCCUUCAUCUCAGCCGACUCCUGCCGUAUGCCAGCAAGCCAGCUCUCCCUACCAGUGCCAGCUUGGGGUGCAACAACCUCAGCAGCAGGUGCAAGCUACAUCCCAAACCCAGUGCCAACCAUCCCAGCCAGCUUUGCAUCAGCAGUUAAAAGCACAACCUGAAAUGCAGUCCAGUGCAUCAUCCAGGGACUCAUCUCAAAGCAAAAUCAUCCGGUUCACACUCAGUCAGAAAAAGACUUCUAGACUCCCAGGUCCUACUACGAGGGUAUCCACUGCGGGCAGUGAAGCCAAAUCUCGUGGGUCCAUUAGCGCCAACAAUCGGCGCAGUCAGAGCUUUAACAACUAUGACAAAUCAAAACCCAUCACCUCCCCACCACCGCCACCACCACCACCACCGCCACCAUCUUCCAGCAGCUAUGAGAAAGAGUCAUUGGAAAGCCCAGUCUCCUCUCCCCCAGGAAUGAAUGAAAAUGCUCCCAUCUCAUUUCAAAACAGCAGCAGCACUAAUUCCAUUGGUGGUGGAAGCUCAUCAGCCAUCCCCCAGCCUGGAACUGCCCCCAAGCCUUGGCGUAGCAAGUCUCUGAGCGCAAAGCACACUGCCACAUCUUCCAUGCUAUCUGUGAAGCAGCCGGUGUCAGAAUCGUCAAAGCCAUCUCCAGAGACCAUAAAAGCCACACCCAAUAAUCAGAAAUCAAUGCUGGAGAAAUUGAAACUCUUCAACAACAAGGGUGGGUCAAAGAUGGGGGAGUCCCUGGGGUCCCGGGACCCAAGCUGUGAAAGGCUGGACACUCUCCCUAGCUUUGAGGAAAGCGAAGAGCUGGAGGCUGCCCAACGGACCACCAAUGCCACUGGACCGGCUUCCAACAGCCCCAAGAUUGCACUCAAGGGAAUCGCCCAAAGAACAUUCAGCCGGGCACUGACCAACAAGAAAACCUCCCCCAAGGGCAAUGAGAAAGACAAGGACAAGCAACGGGAGAAGGAAAAGGAGAAGAGCAAAGAUGUCUCCAAGAGAGCAUCUGUCACAGAGAAACCAGACAUGAAAGAGGAACCAAAAGAAGAACCAACCACAGCAGCUACCACAGAGAUGCCAAAAAAGUCCUCCAAGAUUGCAAGCUUUAUCCCCAAAGGCGGAAAGCUGAACAGUGCCAAGAAGGAGGCCCCGUCCCCUUCCCACAGUGGAAUACCAAAACCAGGAAUGAAAACCACCCCUGGAAAAUCCUCAAGUGCCCCAGUUUCCUGCAAGGAAGGGGAGAAAAUCCGAAGUGGGAAACCCAGCUCAGGGCUCUCCCAUCAGAAGUCCCAGUUGGGCAGCAAACAUUCCAGUUCCUCCUCCAGCUUAGCCUCCUCAGAAGGCAAAGGAAUCGCAGGAUCAGCAACCUUGAACAGCAGCAGCAGCAGCCAGGCUGUCAAUGGGCCAGCUAGUACCACCCAGACAACAGGAAGUAAUACUGUCAGUGUCCAGCUACCUCAGCCCCAACAGCAAUACAACCACCCCAACACUGCUACAGUAGCUCCUUUCAUGUACAGAUCACAGGCAGACAAUGAAGGGAACGUAACAGCGGAGUCCAGCCCAGCUGGAGUGAACCUGGAGCCUGCCAUUUACACUAAAAGUGGACAGUCUGGCCUAGAAGAUCUUCCUGGAGAGGAUCCAGAAACUCGGCGAAUGAGAACUGUAAAGAACAUUGCUGACCUACGGCAGAAUUUGGAGGAGACCAUGUCCAGUUUACGGGGAACUCAGGUCACACACAGCACGUUGGAAACCACAUUUGACACCAACGUUACUACUGAAAUAAGUGGACGCAGCAUUCUCAGCCUGACGGGAAGAGCGACUCCUUUGUCCUGGAGACUUGGCCAGUCGAGCCCUCGACUCCAAGCAGGGGAUGCUCCAUCAACGGGAAAUGGAUACCCGCCGAGAGCCAAUGCCAGCCGUUUCAUCAACACCGAACCUGGUCGUUACAUGUACUCCGCGCCUCUGAGGAGACAGCUAGCAUCCCGAGGAAGUAACGUCUGCCACGUAGAUAUCUCUGAUAAAGGAGGGGAAGACAUGGAACUAGAAGGCAUCAGCAUGGACGCCACUGGUUAUAUGAGUGACGGAGAUGUUCUGGGAAAGAAUAUAAGAACCGAUGAUAUUACAAGCGGGUACAUGACCGAUGGUGGACUUGGUCUUUACACCCGCCGAUUGAACCGUCUACCCGAUGGAAUGGCUGUUGUCCGGGAGACACUUCAGCGCAACACAACCCUGGGCAUCGGAGAUGCUGACAGCUGGGAUGACAGCAGCUCUGUCAGCAGUGGAAUCAGUGACACCAUAGACAAUCUCAGCACCGAUGAUAUCAACACCAGCUCAUCCAUUAGCUCCUAUGCCAACACGCCUGCUUCGUCACGCAAAAAUCUGGAUGUGCAGACCGAUGCUGAAAAGCACUCCCAGGUAGAGCGGAAUUCCCUUUGGUCGGGUGAUGACAUCAAGAAAUCAGACGGCGGCUCGGACAGCGGAAUAAAGAUGGAGCCUGGGUCCAAGUGGAGACGUAAUCCCUCGGACGUUUCCGAUGAGUCUGACAAAAGCACGUCGGGCCGGAAGAAUACAGUCAUUUCCCUAACGGGUUCAUGGCGGCGUGGCAUGACUGCUCAGGUGGGCAUCACCACCCCAAGAACCAAGCCUUCCACAACCUCAGGAACACUGAAGACUCCGGGGACAGGGAAAACGGAUGAUGCCAAGGUAUCUGAGAAAGGCAGACUUUCUCCUAAAGGCACCCACGUUAAACGUUCUCCCUCAGAUGCGGGGCGGAGCAGCGGGGAUGAAUCCAAAAAGCCACCAUCCAACAACUCCAGGGUGACUGCAGCUAAUACCAACACCUUUGGGUUCAAGAAGCAGAGUGGGUCUACAGUGGGCCUGACUAUGAUCACAGCCAGCGGGGCAGCCAUCACUAGUAGGUCAGCCACUCUGGGCAAGAUUCCCAAGUCAUCCGGACUCAUGGGUCGGUCCACCGGGCGGAAGACAAGCAUCGAUGGGUCUCCAAACCCAGACGAUGGUUACCUGGCAAUGAGUGCCCGCACAAACCUGCAGUACAGGAGUUUACCUAGACCCAGUAAGUCCAGUAGCCGGAACGGGGCUGGCAACAGGUCUAGCACCAGUAGUAUAGAUUCCAACAUCAGCAGCAAGUCAGCCGGUUUACCUGGCCCUAAACUGAGAGAACCUUCCAAGACGGCUCUUGGCAGCUCUUUGCCAGGAUUGGUCAACCAGACUGAUAAAGAAAAAGGAAUCUCAUCUGACAAUGAGAGCGUGGCUUCCUGUAACUCCGUUAAAGUGAACCCAGCAGCCCAGGCUGUUUCCAGUAUAGCUCAGGCGACUCACCAGCAAGGAACCAAGUACCCUGAUGUGGCAUCCCCAACUCUACGCAGGCUUUUUGGCGGGAAGCCUGCUAAGCAAGUGCCUGUCACGACAGCUGAAAGCAUGAAAAAUUCAGUGGUCAUCUCCAACCCCCACGCCACCAUGAACCAGCAGGGAAAUCUAGACUCGCCUUCUGGCAGUGGCAUACUGAGCAGCGGGAGCAGCAGCCCUCUGUAUAGUAAGACUAUGGACCUCAACCAGUCUCCGUUAGCCUCCAGUCCCAGCUCAGCCCACUCUGCUCCUUCUAACAGCCUCACCUGGGGUACCAACGCCAGCAGUUCUUCAGCCAUCAGUAAGGACGGUCUUGGCUACCAGGCUGUCGGCAGCCUUCACACAAGCUGUGAAUCCAUUGAUAUCUCCCUCAGCAGUGGUGGAGGAGUCAGUCACAACUCCUCCACUGGCUUGAUUGCCUCCUCUAAGGAUGACUCUCUGGCUCCCUUUGUCAGAACCAACAGCGUUAAAACCACACUGUCAGAAAGCCCUCUCUCUUCCCCUGCUGCUAGCCCCAAAUUCUGCAGAAAUACUUUGCCCAGGAGGCAGGACAGCGACCCACAUCUUGAUAGGAACACUUUGCCUAAGAAAGGACUCAGGUACGCCCCUUCUCCACAGCUACGCACUCAUGAUGAUGCAAAAGAGUGGCUCCGAUCUCACUCUGCAGGAGGGCUCCAGGACACAGCUGCAAAUUCCCCCUUUUCAUCGGGGUCCAGCGUCACCUCACCCUCUGGAACCAGAUUCAAUUUCUCCCAACUUGCAAGCCCCACGACCGCAACCCAGAUGAGCUUAUCUAAUCCAACCAUGUUGCGAACCCACAGUCUUUCCAAUGCUGAUGGGACUUAUGACCCCUACAGCGACAGCCGCUUCCGUAACAGUUCCAUGUCACUGGACGAGAAAAGCAGAACAAUGAGCCGCUCUGGGUCAUUCCGAGAUGGGUUUGAAGAAGUGCACGGGUCCUCCCUCUCUCUGGUUUCCAGUACCUCAUCUAUUUACUCAACGCCAGAAGAAAAAUGCCAGUCUGAGAUUCGCAAGCUCCGAAGGGAGUUGGAUGCAUCCCAGGAGAAGGUUUCUGCUUUGACCACUCAGUUGACUGCAAAUGCUCACCUUGUGGCAGCCUUUGAGCAGAGCCUUGGAAACAUGACAAUCAGGCUUCAGAGCCUGACCAUGACUGCUGAACAGAAGGACUCAGAGCUGAACGAGUUAAGGAAAACCAUUGAGCUUCUGAAGAAGCAGAAUGCUGCUGCCCAGGCUGCCAUCAAUGGGGUAAUUAACACACCUGAGCUCAACUGCAAAGGGAAUGGCACUUCCCAGUCAGCUGACCUCCGCAUCCGAAGGCAGCAUUCUUCAGACAGCGUCUCCAGCAUAAACAGUGCAACUAGCCACUCCAGUGUGGGAAGCAACAUGGAGAGUGAUUCAAAGAAAAAGAAGAGAAAGAAUUGGGUCAACGAGUUACGCAGCUCCUUCAAGCAAGCUUUUGGUAAGAAGAAAUCACCGAAGUCAGCUUCUUCUCACUCUGAUAUUGAAGAGAUGACUGAUUCAUCCUUGCCCUCAUCACCCAAGUUGCCUCACAAUGGCUCCACUGGCUCUACUCCCCUGCUGAGAACCUCCCACUCCAAUUCUCUCAUUUCCGAGUGCACCGAUAGUGAGGCUGAGACUGUGAUGCAGCUGCGAAAUGAGCUAAGAGACAAAGAGAUGAAACUGACAGAUAUCCGUCUGGAAGCCCUGAGCUCAGCUCACCAGCUCGACCAGCUCCGAGAGGCCAUGAACAGAAUGCAGAGUGAAAUUGAGAAGUUAAAAGCAGAGAAUGACAGGCUCAAGUCUGAGAACCAAGGCAGCUGCAGUCGGGCUCCAUCCCAGGCGUCCAUCUCUUCCUCCCCGAGGCAGUCCCUGGGGCUCUCGGAGCACAGCCUAAACCUCACUGAAUCCACCAGUCUUGACAUGUUGCUGGAUGACACUGGUGAUAGCUCCGCUCGGAAAGAAGGAGGCAGGCAUGUUAAAAUAGUUGUCAGCUUUCAGGAUGAAAUGAAAUGGAAGGAGGAUUCCAGACCUCACCUCUUUCUCAUUGGUUGCAUUGGAGUUAGUGGCAAGACUAAAUGGGAUGUGCUGGAUGGAGUGGUUAGACGACUGUUCAAAGAAUAUAUCAUUCAUGUGGAUCCGGUGAGUCAGCUGGGACUGAAUUCAGACAGUGUUCUAGGCUACAGCAUAGGGGAAAUCAAGCGUUCAAACACUGCAGAGACUCCUGAGCUUCUACCCUGUGGCUAUUUGGUUGGUGAGAACAACACCAUCUCUGUGGCUGUCAAAGGGUUGUCAGAGAACAGUCUGGAUUGCCUGGUGUUUGAGUCCCUGAUCCCCAAGCCCAUCCUUCAGCGGUACAUUUCCCUCUUGAUGGAACACAGACGGAUCAUCCUAUCUGGCCCUAGCGGCACUGGCAAGACGUACCUAGCCAAUCGUUUGUCUGAGUACAUGGUGCUGAGGGAGGGGCGGGAGCUGGCCGAUGGUGUGAUCGCCACCUUCAAUGUGGAUCACAAGUCCAGUAAGGAACUGCGCCAGUACCUGUCAAACCUCGCUGACCAGUGCAACAGUGAGAACAGUGCUGUGGACAUGCCACUUGUUAUCAUUCUGGACAACCUGCAUCAUGUUAGUUCCCUUGGAGAGAUCUUCAAUGGGCUUCUGAACUGCAAAUAUCACAAAUGUCCUUAUAUUAUUGGCACAAUGAAUCAGGCUACCUCCUCUACCCCGAACCUCCAGCUUCACCACAACUUCAGGUGGGUCCUCUGUGCCAACCACACUGAGCCAGUCAAGGGCUUUCUUGGCCGUUUCCUGAGGAGAAAACUCAUUGAAACGGAAAUCAGUGGACGGGUGCGCAAUGCUGAGUUGGUUAAAAUUAUUGACUGGAUCCCCAAGGUCUGGCAACAUCUCAACCGCUUCCUGGAGGCCCACAGCUCCUCCGAUGUCACUAUUGGCCCACGCCUCUUCCUGUCCUGUCCCAUAGAUGUGGAUGGUUCUAGGGUUUGGUUCACUGACCUGUGGAACUACUCAAUCAUCCCAUACCUCUUGGAAGCCGUCCGAGAAGGAUUACAGUUGUAUGGGCGGCGAGCUCCAUGGGAAGAUCCAGCUAAGUGGGUAAUGGACACCUAUCCAUGGGCAGCCUCUCCCCAACAGCACGAGUGGCCCCCACUGCUCCAGCUGCGGCCCGAGGACGUGGGAUUUGAUGGAUACUCUGUGCCCCGGGAGGGGUCAACCAGUAAGCAGAUCCCCCCGAGCGAUGCCGAAGGAGAUCCUCUGAUGAACAUGCUGAUGAGACUGCAGGAAGCCGCCAACUACUCAAGCCCCCAGAGCUAUGACAGCGACUCCAACAGUAACAGCCAUCAUGAUGACAUCCUGGACUCUUCCUUGGAGUCCACCUUGUGAUCCUGCAGGGACUAAACUUGAAGCCUCGCUACCAAACUUCCCCUCCCCAUCCCCCGACUCAUCUUAACACCAUCAAGUUCUCCCAGACUGAUCCUGAAGAUAACUUCCUACAGAGCCACCAUCUGCCUCAGUAUUAGUGCUGCAAGAACAACCAGAGACUUUAUUUUAGUCAGCCUUGACCGUGGGUGCAGGCAUCCAAGCCAGUCAACCUUGUGAUUGUUUUCUUUCUACAGCAAUGAGAACUGCACUAUACUGAUUUUUCAUUUUUACAUUGUGUUCCCGAGCUCUCAUGCCCAAGACACUGAAGAUAUUUUCAACACAGGAUCACCACCACCUUAUCAUCAUCAUCAUCAUCAUCAUCAUCAUCAUCAUCAUCAUCUAAGAAGGAGGGGUGGGGUGGGGGGGGGGGGGAAUUCAGAACUCUGAAAUCCAUUCUGCCGUGGACGGUCCAGCAACUGACAGGGCAGAUGCGGGAAGGGAGAGAUUGUCUGCUCUGCUCUCUACCACACAUAAAUCCAACACCACCAAGGAACCUCAGCUCCAAGUCAUUGUGGUGCUAUACAUAACUCUUGGCCUGGAUAAUAACAUUCAGUAAAAGCCCAAAUGGGAAGACAGGGAAACAUUUUAAAAUAUAAUGCAGUCAAUUCUGCCAUAUCGCAUGUUUUCAUUGAGCACUUUCUGAUAGAAUGCCAUUGAGGAACUAAGGAAUGGUCUUUUGACAGCACACAUCUGUCUGGCUAGAACACGAUGUAAUGUUAAAAGAAAUGGUUGUGUGCAUGCCUGAGUGGUAUGCUCAAGUUGUUAGUUCCCCAACAUGAUUUCUUCUUAAUGUGAAGUUCUUCAAGGGUGCAACACCUGUGUUUAUAGAACUGGCUGUGCUUCUUUUUCAAAAUGGUGCUCUCUCUGUCCGACUGUAAACCUCGACUUUUCAGGCUCAAAUUCCACCACACAGAUUUUAACUAUUCAGUGAGUGUACACACACACACACUCUCUCUCUCUCUCUCUCUCUCUCUCUCUCUCUCUCUCUCUCUCUCUCUCUCUCUCUCUCUAAAGCUGUGCAUCAGUUUGAAGUGAUUCUGCUGACAGUGAGAUGAUGUCCGUGAGUAUUCGUCACUGAGAGAAAAUCUCUUGCAUACUAAUACACUUUGCCCAAGGAUCAGAGAUGGACAUCUUUUCUGGACUCUCGUCACAUGGGGUGAUGUUACUCAGAUACACUAGGGAUUUUUAAGGACGUGUUAUCACUCCCUCAUCAAGGGAUUACACAUAUACAUAGUACUGUGUAUGUGUGUGCAUGUGUGUGUGCGCAGGUGCAGUUGUAAGUGAAUCAGGGUUUUUUUCUGCAAGUACUGCAGAGUGAAAUGCAUUAUACAGUUUUUAACAAACCAUGUACCCCUGUGCAGCAGGUACAUUAAUUCCCUCCUUAGAACAGGCAUUGAUUUCUGAGUCGUCUCACCCUCCAAAGUUCAAAAUGAGCUUUGGGGGGCAAUGGGGGCUGGUGCCGCUGCAGUUCAUCAAUGUGGUUGGUACCAAGUGACUCUUUGUUUUGUUUUAACAGCACAACACGCCGGUCUUAUUCAGGUCGAGCAAGGGAAUAUAUUGGCUGUUCCAAAGCAGCAAAGGUCUCUCCCUUUAGACAUGGGUGUGAUGUGUACCAAAUUUCCCAUUUUUCCUCCUCUUCUUCUCCCUUCAUUCUUUUCAAAAUGCACAUCCCCGACAGAGGUCAGUGUAUAGGCUUGUGCUGCCGUGGGGAGAGAGAACACCUCCCGAAAGAAUUGCACUUUCCUUUCCUUAGGAACCAAUACAUCACAACUCAGCGACUCCCAGCUGUCCCUUCCAAAAUGACCGGCCUCUGCCUGUACAAGCCUUGCCUGGUCUUUUCCGGUGCUGAACUUGAAAGCGAUGCCUUACUUGUUUGUACUAAUUGUGUUCAUUACAUUAGUGCUGUAUGUUCCGUGGUCUAAUUUCAGGAAAAAAAAGAAAAACAAUAAAAAUAGGGCUAAAAAACCCAUCAUCUCCUAUUACUGGGAGAACACAAGCUGCUGUAAAUAGUCUGUCUGAAAAGCUGGGGUUUUAGCUGCAUGGCUCCAAAGAAGGAAAGUGAGAUUCGAUUUCAGAUUCAGAGUAGAUCAAAGCCAAGAACUUUACUGAACAGCUGUCUGUGUCAUACAGGAAAAAGCAAACUUUUCUAGGAUACCGAAUAUCUUCUAUAAGCCCAGGUUGCUUUUUCUACAGCGUGCUGAGAUAAAACAUUUUAAAGAGCUGGUUAAGCUUCAAGUUGCUUAUUAGUGCUUUUUCAGCAUUCUUAACAUACCAGAUCUGUGUGUUUCUCCUCAUUGUUUAUCAUCAAGGUUGUUUUUAUUCCAUCUCUUGGGUUUCUAGUUUAUGUGGCGUGACUGUUGAGCUUUGGUUUUUUUUUUUUUUAUCCCACUUGAGUUUGACCUGAAACUGCCCUCUGGUAACUUUUAAUGGCUCAUGUGUCUUUCUUUUUAAGGAUUUUUCCCAUCAGCGGGUGGCACCCCUUUCACCUCUGUGACCUGCUUUAAUCUCCGUAAACUCAGUUUCUGUCCCAGGAUAAGAAGAGGCACCCAGCCUGGCCUUCACCAUCCUACCCUCUGGGCUCUCAAAUCUGUGUCCGACAAUGGUCAGAUAUGGGGUUUGCACACUCUGUUUCCCAGCCAUGAUCUUACCUUCUUGAACUGUGAAUCUUGGGGGGAAGCGUCCAUCUGCUGUCCUCUCAUUACGGAUAACUGUCCAUCCAUCUGGACAGUGGGCCCCACCAACACUUUUAGUGACUAUGUUUUAAAGCCACCCAUCCCUCAACCCCCAUUUUCUGAGACUGGUCUCAGAAAGCACUCUCUGUGUCUAUUUCUUUCUGAUUGCAGCAGUUUGGGUGAUGGUAAGACAAAGCUAUUUCAAGUCGACUAGUCCUCGUAAUAGGCUCAAUUUCAGUGUCCUUUCAAAAGUUCGGGAAGCAGGGUGGUUUGUGUGCCCAUUUCUUACUUUUCUCACAUUUCCUGUAUAUGUAAGACACCUGAAAAAGUGACUUGGUACUCAUUUAGGGCUCUGUCCAAAAUGCUUCCAUUGCCUUUUUCUACAAAGUAGGCUCAUUUUGAAAUGUACAAGAUUCUAUGCAAAAUUCAUGUUGAGUUCUAAUUGGAAGCCAAAAGUUUUCUUUCCAGACUGCCAAGAAUUGUACAGGCCAUAAAUGAGAUGGGGAUGCAUUUUUAGUUGGGGGUGGGAAAUGGGGGUAGGGAAGAGGGUUGCUAGUCCUGUGGUGUACAUUGGAGAAAUUCUUUAUUUCUUGGUUGAUGCUUAAACUUCAAUAUUCUGUGUACUGAAUUUUGUUGGCUGUGGCGAUUCUAAUUCCAAAAAAAAAAAAAAACCACCCCAUUGUGGAUAUUAAAUGGAAGGUUUGCUGUUUUGAUCUAGUUGUUUCCAGUGGAACAGUUUAUGAAAUAUGUUCUAUAAGAUGUACAUUUUUUCAUUGUAACAUAGAAAUUGUAAAUAUUUGAUUAAAGUGCUGCAUUUUGAUGAAUUUUUUCUAGCCAUUUUUAAAGAGAAAACUAGGAAUUGAGUAUUUUGUGUACGGUAUGACGUUUCCAUCUUCCUCCCUCCCUAUUUAAUUUUCAUUUGUCACUAGGAUUUGGAUUUGCCAAUGGUCGAUCGGAAAUCAUGCCCUGUGUCACGGAGAAUAAAGCUGAUGAUUGUACCAGUCUUAAAUUAUUCAUGAUUCAAUAAAAUUGAUGCUUAUUUAUUCAGA